AUGGAGUCCACGGCGCUGCCGCCCGAUUGUAGCUGUCCGAUCACGCAGGACUUGAUGGAGGACCCGGUAGUGGCUGCAGAUGGUACCAGCUAUGAGCGGCGUGCCAUCCAGCAGUGGUUACGAAGUCACCGCACAAGUCCCCUCACAAAUCUGCCGUUGGCAAGUGAGGACCUCAUUCCAAACAACGCCUUGAGAAGCGUGAUCCAGGAGUUUGUCGGCAGGCUGUCGGACACGCAGCGCCGUGAACAGGAGUUGCGAUGGCAGCGCCAAUCCGAGACCCUGUGGAGCGGCACCGGCAAGCUACCGCCUACGGUUUCAGAGCCACGAGCGCCAUGGGACAUUCGCCUUACAGACAAGGAGAUGGAGGAAGGCGGCCCAGCUCUGCUCCUGCUUACAAUGAGCCGCCGGGUAGCCCUGCUUCACGCAGCGUUGCGAGAAGCUCCGCCAUCUUAA